AUGAUAAGCGCGACGGGCGGCGGCGCGCAAUUUGUGCAGGCGGGCGAUUUCGAAGGCAGUGCUGAGUGCUCAUUGGCAAAAAAGGCAGGAAUAACGACUCGUUCACUAACGUUAAUAGCUGUUUACGUAAUUUCGUUUCUAAACGAGUGCUGAAAUGCACGAGCGCAAUUGGUGUAGCGUCUGCGAGCCAAAAAAUCAGAGCCCAAAAAUCCGGC